AUGGAUUCACGGUGUUUGCCGUGGCUUUUGCUAGGUGAGGUUCUCUUUGUGGUCUCUGGCCUGGCUUAUCCUGGAAGCUUUGUAAUAGAUGUAGAUGGCGGCAAGGACAAAGACAUAUUUGACAUCAAUGAAGCUUUGGGACUGAACCUUUUUGAGGGAGACAUCAAUCUUGACGGGAGAGAAAGAAAUUCCAUUGUUGGUGAUGAAUAUAGAUGGCCUCACAUCAUUCCUUAUGUCCUUGAAGACAGUCUGGAAAUAAAUGCUAAAGGAGUUAUCCUGAAUGCAUUUGAACGGUACCGUUUAAAAACCUGCAUUGACUUUAAGCCAUGGGAAGGUGAAGACAACUAUAUUUCAGUGUUCAAAGGAAGUGGAUGCUAUUCUUCAGUAGGAAAUAGACGUCGUGGCAAACAGACCCUUUCCAUAGGAGACAAUUGUGACAGAAUAGCGACAGUUCAACAUGAGUUCCUCCACGCUCUGGGAUUCUGGCAUGAACAGUCCCGUUCAGAUCGAAAUGAUUACGUCAUAAUAAUGGAGGACAGAAUUCUGGAAGGCACAGAACACAAUUUCAAUAUUUACAAUGAUAAGGAAUCAGACUCUCUGAAUGUUCCCUAUGACUACACAUCUGUGAUGCACUAUAGCAAAACUGCCUUCCAAAGUGGAAUAGAACCAACAAUUGUGACUAGGAUCCCUUACUUUUUGGAUGUGAUUGGACAACGAAUGGAUUUCAGUGAUUAUGACCUUGAAAAAUUGAGAAAACUCUACAACUGCUCUUCUUUCUUAACCUUUAUGGACUCAUGCGAUUUUGAACUGGAAAAUAUCUGUGGCAUGAUUCAAAAUUCUGAAGAUAAUAGUGACUGGCAGAGGGUUUCAUGGGUGCCUGGUGGCCCAGACACUGAUCAAUCAAACCUGGGCAAGUGCAAAGACUCUGGUUUCUUUAUGCAUUUUGACACCAGCUCUGUGAAGGAGGGGGAAAAGGCAAUCUUGGAAAGCCGCAUAUUUUACCCCAAGAGAGAGUUUCAGUGCUUGCAGUUUUAUCACUCCAGCAGCAGUAACAAAGACGACCAGCUCAAGAUCUAUGUCAGGCAGUAUACCUCAGAAAAUGGUAAUGGCUCUCUUACUCUGGUGGAUGAAGUGAAAGAUGAAUCCAUCGGGAGCUGGCAACUCCAUUAUGUACCAUUGGCAGUCACCACCAAAUUCAGGGUGGUAUUUGAAGGAACUCGAGGUUUUGGCACAUCAUCUGGUGGUCUCUCCAUUGAUGACAUCAAUCUUUCAGAAACACGCUGUCCUCAUCAUGUGUGGAAGAUAAGCAAUUUUACACAACUCAGUAACUCAAAUGGAGUCAUCGUUAGCCCUCCAUUUUACUCUCCUCUAGGCUAUGCCUAUGAGGUUCAGUUAGAUGUAAGUGAUCAGAAUAAUGUAGGGAUAUAUUUCUCCCUGAUCUCUGGAGCCAAUGAUGAACAAUUACAGUGGCCAUGUCCAUGGCAACAAGUCACAAUGACACUAUUGGAUCAAGAUCCUGAUAUUCGUCGGAGCAUGUCCAACCAGAGAAGUCUGACUACAGAUCCAUUCCAGACAAUUGGUACUGAUAAUAAAAUCUUUGUUUGGGACAAGCCCUCCAAAAUAGGGGAGACAGCAACUUUCCCUAAUGGAACAUUAUAUAGCAGAGGUCCAAGGUAUGGAACCAGUGUCUACAUCACCCACCAAAGGAUGCAAAGCAGAGAUUUUGUCAAAGGAGAUAAUGUUUACAUGCUUCUAACUAUGGAAGAUAUAUCAAAUCUCAUUUCUACUGAGCCAUCACCUAAUCCUUCAAAGAAUCCAGUCCCUCCAACAAAUCCUCAAGCAAAUCUCUGUGCAAACUUCGUCUGUCAGAAUGACGGCAUCUGUGUUAUCCACAAUGACAAAGCAGAAUGCAGGUGUCAAUCAGGGAAAGACUGGUGGUAUGUUGGAGAAAAAUGUGAGACUAAGGGCUCCACCAAGGACACCAUCAUUGUAGUAGUCUCAUCCACUGCAGCUGUAUUUGCUGCUAUGCUGAUAGUGACUCUUGUGAGUGUCUACUGUGUUAAGAAGAAAUAUAGCAAAAGGAGCAAUGCCAAUGCAUCGAAUAUGACCUUAGGAAAUCAGAACACAUCUUUCUGAAAACAUUUUUGAAGAUAUCAAAUAGCAACAACACUGACAAUAAAAAGAAAUUGGAAAAAGCCUCGCC